CCGGAAGUUACCCCAUCCCGGAAGCAGCCUCUCCGGGAAGUGCGAGUCGCGAUGCAUUGUGGAGCACUUACUCCACUUUGAAUGGGGGUUUGAGAGAAGCGGGAUCCCGGUGGGAGACCCGAGCGGGCACGUAGGGGAGUGACGUCAGGUGGUGUCAGCGGUUCUAGGCGGGGUCACAUGAUUAACACGAGCAGCAACGACGGCAGCAGCAACACCACCACCACCAACAACAACAAUAAUAAUAAUAAUAGCAGCAGCAGCAGCAUAUUACUGUACUGAGCUCCCAGCUCCGUCAUCACCACCAACAGCGGCAGCAUGGCUCAUAACAAGAUACCGCCCAGGUGGCUGAACUGCCCACGCAGGGGACAGUCAGUGGCAGGAAAAUUUUUACCUUUAAAGACUAUGUUGGGUCCCAGGUAUGAUGAGCAGGUUCCUGAGGAGAAUCGUUUUCACCCCAGCAUGCUGUCCAACUACUUGAAAAGCCUAAAGGUAAAAAUGGGACUGCUGAUCGAUUUGACUAACACUACAAGAUUCUAUGAUCGAAGUGAUAUAGAAAAGGAAGGUAUAAAAUAUAUAAAGCUUCAGUGCAAAGGACAUGGUGAAUGUCCAUCCCCAGAAAACACUGAAACAUUUAUUCGUCUCUGUGAGAGAUUCUUAGAUAGGAACCCAAAUGAGCUUAUUGGUGUCCACUGUACGCAUGGGUUUAACAGAACUGGUUUCCUCAUCAGUGCCUUUUUAGUAGAGAAGAUGGAUUGGAGCAUUGAGGCAGCAAUAGCCACUUUUGCUCAAGCCAGGCCUCCAGGUAUUUACAAAGCUGAUUAUAUUAAGGAACUCUUCCAACGCUAUGGGGAUUUAGAAGAUGCACCCCCACCUCCGGAGCUCCCGGACUGGUGUUUUGAGGAAGAUGAUGUGGACGAUGAGGGGAAUGGCAUAAUUCAGGAGGCAGAACCAGGGUCUUCAGGAACUGGGUUCAAUAGAAAGAAAAAGGAACGAUUAAAACUGGGUGCGAUAUUUUUAGAAGGCGUGGCAGUAAAACAUGUAGCUCAAGUAACAACACAACCAAAACUUGGAGAAAUCCAGAGGAAAUGUCAGCAGUUCUGCUCAUGGGAAGGAUCUGGGUUCCCUGGAGCACAGCCUGUAUCCAUGGACAGAAAGAAUAUCAAAUUUCUCGAGCAGAAGUCGUAUAAAGUGAGCUGGAAAGCAGAUGGUACACGCUAUAUGAUGAUGAUUGAUGGAAAACAUGAAGUGUUCAUGAUAGACAGAGAUAACUCGGUAUUUCAUGUAUCUAAUCUUGAAUUCCCAUUUCGAAAAGACCUCAGAGUCCAUUUGACCAACACUCUUCUAGAUGGAGAAAUGAUCAUUGACAAAGUGAAUGGGCAAGUGGUACCUCGAUAUUUGAUAUAUGACAUCAUCAAAUUUAAUGGCCGACCUGUUGGGGAUUGUGACUUUAACGUCCGAUUGUCCUGCAUUGAAAAGGAGAUAAUAUUUCCUAGACAUGAGAAGAUGAAGACAGGACAUAUAGAUAAAGCACAUGAACCAUUUAGUGUUCGAAACAAGCCAUUUUUUGACAUACAUGCUGCAAGAAAGCUGCUGGAAGGAAGCUUUGCAAGAGAGGUCAGCCAUGAAGUUGAUGGACUCAUCUUUCAACCAAUUGGAAAAUACAAAGGUGGUCGCUGUGAUGACAUUUUGAAGUGGAAGCCACCAAACAUGAAUUCAGUAGACUUUCGACUAAAAAUAACGAAAGUUGGGGGAGAAGGACUUCUGACUCAGAAUGUUGGAUUACUCUAUGUUGGAAGGUAUGAACGGCCUUUUUCUCAGAUAAAGGUGACAAGAGACUUAAAACAAUAUGACAAUAAAAUAAUAGAGUGCAAGUUUGAGAACAAUUGUUGGGUCUUCAUGCGGCAAAGAGUUGAUAAGAGCUUUCCAAACUCCUAUGAAACGGCAUUGGCUGUGUGUAAUAGCAUCCAGCAUCCUGUAACCAAGGAAAUACUAUUUGAAUUCAUCGAUAGAUGCACAGCAGCUAUUCAGGGGCAGAUUCGGAAAAACUUGUUGGAUCCUGAUGCAGAACUUAUGCCGCCACCUCCACCAAAAGUUCCACGAGUUGUUGACUGAAAAAUAGAUUUCUAUGAAGCAGAAAGACAUCAUCUCAAAGGGGGAAAUCCAAAAAUUAUGUUCACAUGUUACAUUUCUGCAAUAAGAACCUUUCCACAUAAAAGCUACUUUUUGCACAUUGACAUAUGACAUUGUAACGAUCUUAAAAGUACAAAGGUUACUUCAUCCUCAAAUGUACAGCAGAGACUGAGUGCAUCUACAGGAAUGCUACGUGACCAGCCAUUGAAAGCAUUGCAUUAGAGACUUUGAAAACUUUAUUUUUGCAAGAUUCACUAGCGAGAACUUUCAGCUCAAGGAAAAUACCUUUUGCUUUUCCUUACCGGUUUUUCCAUGGAUUCAAGAGUUGCUUUUUUUCCCACCUUUUCUUUAAGAACUUUAUUUUUAUUUUGUUUAAUUGACCAGUGUCUGUUAAGGAUUUAAUUUAAUAUGCUUUUCUUAAGAAUUCCUUAUAUGAACAAAAAAAUCUGCUUUAAAUAUUGUUUAACUUGUAUAGGAUAAUAAUAAAAAAAAAAACCUGUCCAGUUUUGCCCAUUUCAAUUCGUGCUUCAUAUUUUGAGAUUAAAAAAGUGGAACUUUAA